UGUUGUAGUCUGAAAGUUUUGGUACUUUCCUUUUUAGUGAAAAACUGUUAAUUUUAUUAAGUUUUUACUAAAUAUUUUUGUUCAUCUUUGUUUAUUGUUAUGUUAAGUAUAAUUUAAACCAUACAAAUAUUUAUAUACCGCACCCAAUUUGGAGCUCAAGGUCAAAGUACGUCAAUAUGGCGGCGAAGCCUGGAAAUAACUGGACAAAGGUGACAAGUUGGUCGUUUAUGCUUGAUUUGAGUGACUGAAAUGAUGACCAGAAUGGAAAUUCGUUUAUCACUAGACACAUAAAAUCAUGGAAUAAAUUUUAAACUGUACUCAAUGUAUAAGUUUUGGUGUUUAAAUUAAGAUAAUUGUUUUUAUCUGAAUGUCAGAAUCCAAGCUUAACUUUUUUAGUGGGAAGCCACCUCAGAAGGGUGGAUCAGCUAUGCAUAUCAACAGUGUUGAGGUUGACAUCAGAUUACCUCUGAUUCCAUCGAAUGCGAAAUGCAAUAAUUUCUGCUUCGAUGGAACCAUUUAAGUUAAAUGAUCGGCGUAUCAGAAAUGAAUAUCAUAAGCCCAAUCCAGAAAUUUACACAGCAAUAUUUGACUAUGAGGCUACAAGAGAAGAUGAGUUGACACUAAAGCGAGGGGCUCAGGUGGAGGUUUUAUCCAUUGAUGCCCACAUAUCAGGUGAUGAUGGCUGGUGGACAGGAAAAGUCAAUGGUCGAGUGGGAAUAUUUCCCAGUAAUUUUGUUACCAAAGAGGUAAAUGCUUCAAUAAUACCACCAAAUAAACUCAAUGACAGACCUUUUGAAAUAAAUUUCUCAGAACUACAGUUGGAAGAGGUAAUAGGAGCUGGUGGUUUUGGAAAGGUAUACCGUGGAAAAUGGAAGAAUGAAACUGUUGCAGUCAAAGCUGCACGACAGGAUCCUGAUGAACCUGUUAUUGAAAAUGUGAGAAAAGAAGCAAAGCUGUUCUGGUUAUUGGAUCAUAAGAACAUAACUGCACUAAGAGGUGUCUGUCUAAAGGAACCUAAUUUAUGUCUUGUUAUGGAAUAUGCUGCUGGUGGAUCACUAAAUCGAGUGUUGAGUGGGCGACGUAUACCACCGCAUAUUCUAGUGAAUUGGGCUUUCCAGAUCGCCAGAGGAAUGCAUUACCUUCAUGAAGAAGCACCUCUUUCAUUGAUACACCGAGAUCUUAAAUCAAGCAACAUUCUUUUAAAAGAGAGCAUGGAUAAUGAAGAUUUAGACAACAAAACCCUGAAAAUCACUGAUUUUGGCUUGGCUCGAGAGUUGGAUCAAACAACGCGGAUGAGUGCUGCUGGAACGUACGCCUGGAUGGCACCAGAAGUUAUCAAGUCAUCUCGCUUUUCGAAAUUCAGUGAUGUCUGGAGCUAUGGUGUGGUGUUGUGGGAGCUGCUCACUGGAGAGACGCCAUAUAAGGGAAUUGAUGCUCUAGGUGUUGCUUAUGGCGUGGCUGUCAACAAACUUACACUUCCAAUUCCAUCCACCUGUCCCUCUCUGUUCUCACAGCUCAUGACAGAUUGCUGGAAUCAAGAAUGUCAUGAACGACCAACCUUUCUUGAGAUUCUUGAACGCCUCGAUGAAAUAGCUCAGUCGUCUUUCAUGAACACACCCCAGGACUCCUUCCACACCAUGCAGGAGGAUUGGAGGCUGGAGAUCGAGCAGAUGUUCGAUGAACUUCGCAGUCGAGAAAAGGAGUUAAGAUGUCGAGAGGAGGAGCUAACAAAGGCAGCAUUGCAGCAAAAAAUUCAAGAGGAACUCCUUAAAAAACGUGAACGUGAACUCGCAGAGCGUGAAAUUGAUCUCUUGGAGCGUGAACUGAACAUUCUUAUUCUACAGCAAGUAAUGCAUAAACCCACACCAAAGAAACGCAGAACAAAGAAAAGUCGGUUAAAACUGAUCAAAUCAGGAGGGAAAAUUAUUAGUGAGCCGAGAGGUUUUCGACAUAACAUUACUGUGCAGAAGGACGACUCUCCUCUAGACCGGCGACGGUUUGCCUGCCCGUCCAGUCCAGACAGCCCACCAGCGUCACCUGCUCAUGCUCUCCCUCCACCGCGACUGAGGGCCAUAGCAUGUGAGUCUGAUUACCUCUAUACCAAUCCAGUCGAUGGUGUGAAAGGCAAAACAUGGGGACCAAGUUCAGUAAAGAAUGACAAACAUCAUCGAUCAUCUAUUAUUUUUGCUGAUGGUCGAUGGUCGAAAAGUGCUCCAAAUCUUGAGAAGUCUUUCAGAGCUCUUGGUGGUGGACAUUCCAAUAUAGGGGCAUUAAAAGAGCUUUAUGAUGAAGAGGAGGACUGGCCCGACUUCUCUGAUGAUCAUAAAAUAAAACACAUUCCACCAUCUCCAGUUAACGGAGGCUCAGAGUCUGGUACUCAGAAACGCUUUGCGGUGCGAAAGAAAAGUGAUAGUGUACUGUACAACAUGGGAGUUGUUCUUGCUGCCGUGGGGGCAGGUUUUGAUAUUAGGAUCUCAAAUACCUCUGCUAUUCAUCCAAAUCUUCAUUCUGUGGAGGAGGAGAAAAACAUGAAGAAACGGGAUUCGUUUAUUUUAAAUAGACGAGAUGCAUAUCUUGGUGCAGUCCGUGACUCGUUCAUUGAGCCGGAAGGUAAUUUUAAUAACAUUAACUACUCAAAUGCUUCAGGUUUUCGUCAUACAUAUCACGGUGUUCAGACUCGGCAGCGACCUAGCAUUCAGAACUUUGAAGUACCCAUGCAGUUCACAGAGAAAGAUGAUAGUCCAGGGUCUCAAACGUCCAGCACGAUUGGAUCAAAAUCAUCUCCCCAGCGGUUAUCGUAUGCAGAGAGUGACUCAACUAUGAUCUCCGACCGCUCAAGUAUAUUACAGAGACAGAUCUCCGACAGUGGCACGUACGAAUCUACUCGGUCAUCGCAAGCACCACAAAGACGCUCCGUCACUUUUGAAGACGAUUUUGCACCAGACUACAGGGAUUACAAGAACACACCUACUUACACACACAAACGAACCCCAUCAAAUACCUCAAACUCAUCAAACACACCACAGGACUAUGAACCACGCUCGUAUCGGCAGGCCGAUUCGUAUGGAGUACAGCCGCUGCCUCCACGCCGAAAGCCUACAGGGGAGCCAGCUCAGAGACCCACCACACUCGAGGUGGGUCCAAAGAUCAGGCAGCCACCGAUACCACCUCCCAAAAAACACUUCAAUUCAGCACCAAGAGAUUCUCCAAACCUUGCUGCUACAUCGUCAUCUCGAGAUACAUCCUGGGAUUCCCCCCGACCCCGGGCGACACCUCCGGAACCAUAUCCAGAAAACACCCAUUAUUACUCUGCUCGUUCACAGAUGUCCCCCGGAAACACCCCACCCCAUAUCCGACACCAAAAGACACUGCUUGACAUAGACGUGGAGGGCCAGAGCCAGGACAUGCGGGAGCCUCUUGUGAAGCCGAAACCUGUGUUUGCACGUCCAACUGCUAAAGAACUGGAAAAAGAGUUUGUAUGGCAGUGAAUAGAACAACAGUUUUGUGCACAUCUCAUGCUAAAAGUCUUUCGACUGAAGAUAAAAGGAAAAGUUAUUGCUGGGUUGUUGUUUUUAAAUUUCUUUUCACAAAUAAUCUGAAUUUAAUGUGGAUUUCUUUAUUUGAAUCAUUAGUAAUUUUUCACAAUUACUCAUAUGUACUUAAGUGUUAUACUCUUUAGGCUGUUUUGCAGACUGACAAAAUGUUCUUCAGAAAAUUGUUGCAGUAUAGGUUAGAAAUCAGUAGAAUAGGGUAAAAAUUCUAUUGAGAGCAAGAAAGUGCCAUCUGCAAUUAAAAUGUCUUACUCUCAACCUAUUAUAUAAUACUAAUACAAAUUCUGUAUCAAGCAAAAGCAAAUAAUAAAGCAGGGCGAUACGAUGUUGAACAUAUGGCAUUUGAUCUACAUAUUGUAUGGCAUCAUCAUUGUAAAUUGAAAAACUGAUUUUACAUUUAUUUAGGUACUAUUCUUUCUAACCUAUACUGUAUUUUCUGUUUCAAACCUACUGUACAUGUCUCCCAUAUUUUUUUUUCAAUUACUGAACACAGUAUGUGAAUGUAUUAGAUAUUGGAUGUUUUGUAUCUAAAUUUACCUAAACAGCAGGGUUCUGUAGAUUGGUGUUUUUUGUUUUUUGUUUUUUUACAAAUAGCUAAAUGAUUGCAUCAAAGAAGUCUCAAUGGGGUAUUUUUGGAAAAGAACAAAAACAUAAAAAAAUUUAAUCAGUUUUUUAAAGCAAUUUUAAUAAAGAUGUGAAAUUAAACAGUUCUUACAUUUCAUUAGUUGACAAAUUAAUGUGUUUUAACAUAGUGGUUUUAAAAAAUGCUAACUACUGAAUUGUUGUAACCUCAUUAAGCAUGCUAUAUCUUCAACAUAAUAAUUAAAAAGAAAAAAAUAUUUUAGGGUUUUUUCCAUCUACAAUGAAUAAAUAUAAUAAAUAUGCAGUAUUUUAUAUUCACAACGUGUGAUAACAAAUGCAGUGUUUUAUAUUCACUGCAUGUGAUGACAUAUAGCUGGUUUUAAUUUACAGGAAAUGCUUGCUCCAUUGAGGCUCCUUAAUUAUGUAAUAUGUAUAUUCCAUGAUAGCUACCAUUUCAUUAUUAUAUUACAUAAGUAAUCGGGAUAUUUGUAUAUUUUGUAUCAUUGUAUCCACACUAAAAAUAUCUGAACAAUUUUUUUUAUACUUUCCUAAAACAUUUACAUUGCCAUCAUUUAUUAUAUUUAUACAUAUUGAACUAGAAAAUAAUGAUCAUGUUAGAAGUAGAAUAGAUUGAUGUUAACAGGUCAAAAACUUGGAUUAUAUAAUAUUAUAUAUAUAUAUAUAUAUAUAUUUCUGUCCUGCUGUGCCUGAUAGAAAUAUUUGAUACAUUCCUAAAAAUUUAAUAGUUUCAAUUUGAGACUGUUUUAAAUGUUUUAUUAUUAUUUUGAUUUGCAGUUGACUACAUAGUGUAUUGUGCAAUAAUGACUUAGAUACUGUCUUCAUUAUUUAAACAAAAAAGGUGGUUCCCCUACCUGUAUGAUUGAGAAUCAAAUUAAUAUUCUUAUCUUUCAAACCUUCUCAAUAAAUGUACAGUUCUUGUAAUGUGUAUAUAUAUAUAUAUAUAUAUAUGUUGUACAAAGUUGUACCACCGUGUAUAAAUUCCACUUCAAGUACAUAAUUAUGCACAAAAAAAAUCAAAUGAAUAUCUCCAUAUGUGUACAUAUGUAUGAUAGUUAGUAAUGUUCACUUGUAAUAAAACAUUGUUUUCAUUUAUGCAACCAUUUGGCCAAAAUUUAACCAAAUAAUUCAACACCGUGGGAGUUACUACUCUUCUGCAAAGUGCUAUAAAAUAAUAUGUGAUAACGUGAUACUUGGUGUCAGAUAUUGCAGAUUAAAAAAAAUUGUUGUCCAAAAUUUAUAAAUAGGACUAGUACCUAGUGAUAUUUUUUUCAGAUGGUAUGCCUCAAGUGGCUUUCGGGUAUGGAGGUUAAUGAAGAAACCAAAUUGGAUGUCACCAUGCGAUUUUAUAUUUAUUAUUCAUCAUUUACCAUAACAUUCCAAUAGUGACAUAUAUUGCAGAUGUUAAUAAAAUAUUUUUAAAAUACAUUUAUUUGAAAAAUAUAAUAGCAAUAUAUAAACUUUAAAAAACAUGAGUUUCCCUGCUGAUUGGGAAUUAAAUAAUUAUAAAUAUGGUUGUUUAAUCUUUAAAUCUAUGAUAUGUACAUGUUGUUACCAUGUAAGAUCUUUGAAUAUGUUUCUGUUUUAAAAAUAAUUAUAUUAAAUGAAAUUAUGAUAGUUUCUGUAUUAUUACAGUUGUGGGUUUUUUCCAAUUAGGAUGUAUUUCAAUUAAAUGCAUUGUUCCUAUAAUACAUAUUUUAAAAAGAAAAAGAAAAAAAAGAAGAUAAAAAGCUAGAACUGAAACAUGCCAGCUGUUCAUUCCAAAUUACACUGAACAUUGACAGACUAAUUUCAGGAUAGUGCCAGUUAAUGUUAAAAAACAUGCUCAAUCUUGUUUUGUUUUAUUGGUCUUGCUGGAAAUCUAUAUUUUAGUUUUACUUAUCACUUGCUCAUAUCAUUCAUUUCCCAUGUGUGUGUGUCUUACAUGUUACUACUCUGCAGUGAAAAGCUCAGAUUUCCUGUUUUAAGUUGUUAACACAUUUGAAAUCGGUGUCCAUCUUCACCAUUAUAACCUUUCCGUAUAUUAUCUUUUAGUACUGUAAAUGUGUAGUAAAGUUAAUCUUAACUUCAUUAACCAUAUGAUAAAAUAUGAUAAGUGGUAUUAUAGUUACUGGUAGUGAAUGAGUGUUCAAAAUCUUUAUUAUUUUAAAGUUUUAUUUUCAUCAUGUAAUUUGUUUACUUAAUAAGAGUGAAUCCGACAACCCCUAUUUAUUUACUAAUUUACUGAGGAUGAUUGUAUCACAGAGCACUGACAGCAGGAGGGAUGGGAUCAGUUUAAUCUAUUCUUGUUUGGUGGUACAAUAUAUAGAAACAAAAUUUGUUAAUGAUGCAGGGUAUUCUGGUUAAAUAAAAGUAUGCUGAAUUUUAGAAUUAUAACCUUUAUGUAGUACACUAUUUUAUAAACUAUAAACCAGUCUGUGAAACACUGGAGAUACUGUAAACAUUGUCAUGACCUUAAUUCACCAAUCACAAAAAUUAUUUUAAAGAAAUAACUGAGUACAAAUUUUUUAACUUCAUGUGCAUGACAUUUUGAUUUUAAAGUGUUAAACAGCUUACUGUAGAUAUUUGUUUACCGAUAUUAGUAAGAACGCACCUAUGAAGACUGACAGCAUACACUUUACAUCAUUGGAAACCAUGUUUAAAAGUAUCAAACUUUAAAACCUAGUGUAUCUAGCAUCGAUACGUAACUCAUUGGUAUUCAUUAUGCUUGGUGUAAAUCAUGUAAUAUAACUGCUUUUUUUUUAUAUCUUUGAUACUUGCUCGAGGCAUUCAUCAAACAUAGUUAAGAUAAACGGCUAUGAUAUACAAUAAAACCUAUCUUAUAAAACCUGUAUUGUGCAACCUGUAUAUAAAGGACAGCCGAUUCAACAGGAUAAACAUCCAGGGGUUGGGGGUGGGAGUUGGGUUGGGGGGCAGUAUUCAACAUCUUCACAUUUUAUUGGAACCUUUGAUAAAGUAUUUGGCAUUCAGUAAAAGUGAAAAUGUUAAAUACUUAGCUUAGAUGUGUAUCUUGUUGAACUGAUUUUACUGUGCUAAAUAAGUCAUGUGAAAGAAAAUUGUUCUGUUUUAAGAAUGAAAUAUUUGACAGAUACAUAAAUUAUACAUGGAAAAUCAUCUUCUUUGCAUACAGAUUGUUUAUUCUUGUUUAUUUACAUAUAAUAUUAUAUUGUGUAACAAUUGUAUGUUUCCCAUUUAGCUGUCCUAUUCCCUGGCUAUGUUUUUAGAUGCUACAAUCCAACUGUGACAUAGUACAUUAUUUGUCUGACAGUUUUAUGGCUAUCAGAGUUUGUCACGAUAAAUGUCAUAUUUGAAAUCAUUUUGGUUUUGAGACAGACAUGCAUUCCCAUUACCGACAGCUCCAGGUUAAAGGGGGAAAAAAAAGAGUCUUUUUGACAAACUUCCCAGUACAUUAUUUAAUUCAGUGGUUACAUAUGGUAAUACUUAUAGCAACCCAUUAUCCUGUAAGGAACCUCCAUCUAUGAGUAUGACACAGACUACUGUCUGAGUAUCGGCAAGUGGUUUAUGUUGUUUGAUUGUAGGUUGUUUUUGUUGAGUAUUUUUGCUAGAGAUAACAUGGUGCAUAAUGGUGUAACAUAUCAGUUGUGAAGAAUUCUAGAAUGGGAUAAUACCUAGUGACUUGGUUUCUGCUGCUCCUUAAAUAUAGUUAAUCAUGCGUGUAAUUUCCUGCAAAAAUAUUUAGUCGGUUUCAGAUCCAGUUUAUUCAAACAAGUUGUGUUGAAGUUGAAAAGAGAUGAAUCAAAGAUUGAAAGAAUUGAUUGUCAAAAGAAUGAUCUUUGUUUUAAAUACUAUGCACAAUAAACACAAGAUACAUUAUGAACCAAUUCAUAAAUCAUUAUUUUUAUUACUGUAUAGUAUUACAAAAAUUGACUAAAUCAUAAAUUAGGCCCCUACUGUAGGUUUGGUAAAUAAAAUAUUUAAUAUUAAAAACACAGGUUAAUAACUGGGAAGCUAGAGAAUGUUUGGUGGUGUGAGAUGAAACAGUUUUUAAAAGUUGAUUACAAGCCUUCAGAUUUCAUGGAAACGAUCAUUUCUGGAACCAAAAUUUUGUUUCCCAUGACUAUUAUAUUGAUUAUGACUAUUCACUGGAAAUUAUAUAUAUAUAUAUAUAUAUAUAAAUAAACGUUUUCAAUGGGUUCCCAUGAUCACAAGGCACAGAACCGAAAAAGUGUUUCCCAUGACUAUUACAUUGAUUAUGACUAUUCACUGGAAAUUAUAUAUAUAUAUAUAUAUAUAAAUAAAACGUUUUCAAUGGGUUCCCAUGAUCACAAGGCACAGAACCGAAAAAGUGUUUCCCAUGAAAUUUGAAAUCGUAUGGCCUGUGAUUAAAAAUGUGUUGUUCAUGAGUUUGUUUUAAUCGUUUGGCACUUAAUGUGUUGUGACUAUUUGGUGUUGAGAAAGGAGAAAUCCAGUAGUAGGUUUACUAAGAGUGAUCAAUGUUUGACCGGUUUCUGUCUCCAGUGGUGGUUCUAACAUUGAGAUACCUGUACUACCAUAGGUGUAAACUGAAAACAUUUAUAUUGUUAAGUCCAAAGUUUAAAAUGCAUGUAUUGACCAAUCUUGUGUGAAUUACUUACCAUCUAUUUACUUGUUUAUUUGGGAUUGUCAAGGACUAUUGUAUUUAAAUCUAUAUGAACAACCAUUUUUGUACCAUUUAUACUUUGAGAAACCCGGGUGAAUUUCCUGUGAUCUCAUUUCUAUUAAAUUUAACUAGAUUUUUGAUGACAGUUGUUUUGGUACCAGUAAUAUAAUUGAAAUAAUAUUUGCAUGCAUUUAUAAGCACAUAAUUAAAAAAUUAGGGAGUCCUUUUGCAUUAAUAAAACAGCAGUGUUUAUACCUUUCCUCGAAUUAACAGUGAUAAAAAUACAGUAGCACAUUUUGGGACUUCGGUCAGUUAAUAACUGGCUUUCUGUUGAAUACACAGCAUGAAAAGCACUUCUUUAGACUGUUAUCUGUAUUGAGUAUGCACCUAAAGGAGUGUCAUAAAGUAGCCUCAUAAGACGUUGGGUUGCUUAACACAGGUCAUGAUGUACUGUUGGUCUGUAUUUGAGCAGUUUGGAUAACUGCUUGACAAAGGUGGUUACCAGAGGUUUGGUAUGACUAAAAUGUUGACUGUUAAAAUUAUUUUGUUUUUAAAGCCUGUUAAAUCUGGUAAAUUAACUGGCAGUAUUUAUUGUAUCUUUGCUUGUCCUUUCAAUUUCUGGUAUGCAUAUCUAGGUCCAAUAAAGCGUGAUAAGUGGAUGAUUUGGUUCACGCUCUUUAGACCGCAUGUGUGUUUAUUAUGAGAUCUGGUCCUGUCCGUAUAAAAUUCUAAAGUCUUUCAACAUGUAGUUAAAAUGUGGAGACGUUACGAAACUUUUGUGUAUGGACUUUUCAAGUUUUAUAAUCAUGGACCAUGGUAUUUAUGACUUACACGAAGAGUCUUCUUUUGGUUAAACAAAUAAAAACACAUAAGUAAGUUGCAUAUUUGCUUAUUCAAAGAUUUACUUGGUCUUUGCAAAUAUCCGUCAAAUGAUAGUUGGCAAUGAAACUUAAGUGAAUAACUAAGUCAUGUUUAAAAAAGUAAGCCAUUAUAGCAGCAGAAAGAUGGCAAGUGCCUUGUUUAUCAGCAUGUUAUUUAUGCAUAUCAUUCAUAUUCACUAUAUUACUGUACUAUAGCCCGAUUAUGUAUAGAAGUAUAUACCUCAAAUUAUAGAGUAUUAUCCAUUAUAUUUUUAUAAUGCUUUAAUCUGUAUAUUGUAUGAAAGUAUUUUGCUGUAUGCUUCCAUAUUCUGUUUGAAUGAUGAUCUUCCUUGUAAAAACAAAUAAAAAAUGUAUAAGUGAGUAUUUAUCAUUCUUUAUUACACCAGAUUGUAUGUCUUAUGGUUUUCCCGAUGGAACACAGUAGUUAUGGAAAUGAUGUUACUUGUUUUGAGUUACACUAAUUGGCACUUGAAGGGCUGCUGACCAUUAUGAUAAUUAGAAAGCAAUCCAUAUGUAUGCUUGGUAAUGUUUCCUCAUCCCAGCCAGUACCCAUGAUUGGUACAUAAAAGGCUGUGGUAUAUAAUGUUAACAGUCUUCCAAGGUCUUAAUGCCUCUUCUAUAAACUGAUUUUAAACAUCAAAAUGGCUGUCAACGUGAUUAUUCAGGGUGCAUUUCAAACCCAGUAUGGGUUCUUGGCCAAGAUUAUUUAGAUUUUGUUCAUGAUCUGUGAAGAAUGGACACACUGUUAGUGCCCGAUAUCCAGCAAUUACUUGUGUUCACAUAUCCGUUUAGUUUGGGAUUUGUCUCGCUUAAUGAACAGGGCCCAGGUUUUUGAAGAUGUCUUAGAGCUACGAUAUUGUAAAACUGUCUGGGGCUAUGACAUGUCUCAUAGUGACAUCAUAGCCUACAGCGGUUUUACAAUAUUGCAGGGCUAAGAUAGCUUUGAAAAUAUGUAGCCUGAACUGCAGCUAAUGUUGACUUGAGUGAAAUGGCUAACAUAUUUGUAUCAAAAAAAUUCUCAACAUGAGGUCACAGGAAUUAUAAAAGUUGCUAGAUUGCAAAGAUAUAAAGCUGGUCUUUGAUUUUGUAUUUGUAGAUUUUUCAUGUUCAGCAAUAAUUAUUAGUUUUAACUAUAAUACCUAUAUAUAUAUAUAUAUAUAUAUAUAUAUAUACAUACAUACAUAUAUACAUACAUACAUACAUACAUACAUACAUACAUACAUACAUACAUACAUACAUACAUACAUACAUACAUACAUACAUACAUACAUACAUACACACAUACAUACACAUAUACAUACACAUACUUUGUACAUAGCAUACACAUACUUUGUACAUAGCCUACUAUACAAACUGAUAUUAAGUUAUAUCAUUUGUCAAAUGAUGUGAAAUAUCAAUCCAAAAUGUGAUAUUUUACAUCUUUUUUUCUUUUUUUUAAUCCUGAGGAGCAAUAAAUAAAUGUUUGACAUAUCGGUUACCUUUUAUAACCUACUUUUAAUAUUGUUGAAAUAUUCACAGUUUAAACUAUUCAUAUGUAAAAUUAUCAAAACAAUGCUUACUGAUAGUAUCCGUAAUGUAUUUUGUACUGUAAAAAUUUCUUCUUUUUUUUUCUCUCUUCUUUUAAGUGAUAGAAUAAAGAUACAGAUUUAUGGCACUGAACAAAAAUAUUAACUAUGCAGUAACAUGAAUGUUAAUUGCUAUGCAAGUAUGUUUUGACAUAUUUUGAUGGCAAGGUUGUGAUAAACAUUUGUGUACUUAUUUUAUCAGAAUGAAACAAGUCUUGUGCGACUUUAUUCUUUGUAGAAACUGUUAUUUGUUUGGUCCUUUUGUAUGGUGUGUCAUUUGUUUAAUACUUUUUUUAAUGUUAUAAACUACACAUCAUAAACAAACUGUAAUUCUAUUAACAUGUUGAUGUAUUAUACUAGAUAAUUAUAUAGCUUAUUCCUUAUUAUUAUUCCCUCUAUAUACAGUGAAACCCCAUCAGUGUUUUAAAAAGUUCAUAAUCUAUUAUAAUAUUUUAACAGUCUUCUAAAAUAAAAUUUGCUUCAAAAUUUUAAUCAGUGGAAAUUUUAGGCAAAAAACAGUACAUGAAAUACUACUUUAUCAAAUUAAUAUUGGUAAGCUCAAAUACUCAAAACACAUUUAUUCAAAAUAUUUAGCUUUAUAAUAUGUUGAUUUCUGAAAAUGGGAAAAUGUUGUCGAACAGAAGUUGCUUUUGAAUCCAGAGCCAUGUGUAAUAUUGUUUUCAGCUGAAUGAAUCAACUAUUUGAUUUUUUAAAGUAAAUAAUAAAGCUGGCCUUAUCUAUUAAAAUAUGCAAGUUAUAUUUAUGACAUGAAUAUAUAAGCAUUUUUGUGCCGUUCUAUAAGCAAAACAACAUUGCAAAUCUUGUUUCUAUUGAUGUGUAAGCAAUAGCAACUUUCUGUGUACUAGUAUGUUAGAUUGUAACAUGUAUGAGCAUAGCCAUUUUAGUGGAUUAAAAGGAGCACCACAGUAUAUUUUACAUAUGUGGAAAGUGGGGACUGUACAGAUUAAAAAAACAACUUGAAAUAAACAACUAUUUGAAUAUU